ACUAUUGCGUGCAUGGCCAAUUGAUCUCAAUUGGUAUCAAUUUUGUUGUUGUUGUUGUCUAUUCUCAAUGACACUUGUCAUCACACAGGUGAUCAUCUUAUUUUAUUUUCUCUUAUGAUGGAUAUGUGUGAUUUUUAUUGUUCUUGUUGUUGUUUAUGAUGGUAAUGGUUGGUAGUUGGAUGGAAAAUUUUUCAACAAUUAUCAUUCAAUCAUUAUAAUCAAUAAUUUUCGACCUUGUUUGAGUGACAAUCAAUCGACGACGAUAUGAAUCCAAUCGAAUCAAAUCAACACCAGUAUCAGUAUCAUGAUUAUAUCAAAUUACUUGUUGAUCAUAUCAUCUCAUCAUUUUAUCACCAUUUCUGCUAAAUAAUUUUUCUUCAUGAAUGAUUAAAUUGAUAAUUCAAUCAAAUGGUGGGAGUUUUCAGUUUAUCACUCCAUCCGAUGAAAAUUGUUUCAGAAAAUAUUUUUCGUUUUCUGGUUGACAUUACGGGAAUCUAUGCGUGUGUGUGUGUAUGUGUGUGUGUCUUGUGUAGUUUAAAUCAUUUGUCUUGACCAUCAUCAUUCAUAAGCAAAAACAAUGAAAAUAAAAAUUUGUGAUGUAAUAAAAGUGGCCAUAUUUUUAUUAAUAUUUUCAUUCACAUUUCUUGCAUUGAUCGUUAUUUGUCGUACAUUAUUAGUGCAACAAUAUAUGGUCAAUUCAUAUUGUACAAUGAAUGAAAAUUAUGUACCAUUAUAUGGUAUUAAUCAUAAUGCAAUUACGGCUGAACGUGGUAUAUUUGAACGUUUACAGGAUGCAUUGAAAAUUCGUACAAUAACAAGACGGCCAAAACACUAUGACCGUGAUGAGAUAUUACGAUUUCAUCGUUUUCUCAAUUCAAAUUUUCCAUUGAUACAUUCAUCACCAUUGGUUGAAUUGACAAUUGUCAAUGAAUUAAGUUUAUUAUAUAAAAUAAAUGGAUCAAAUCAACAAUUGAAACCAUACAUGUUGUUGGCACAUAUGGAUGUUGUACCCGUACAGGAAGAUAUGUGGGAUUUUCAUCCAUUCGAAGGUAAAAUUCACAAUGAUUAUAUAUAUGGUCGUGGUGCAUUAGAUUUAAAAAGUGUCGUUAUGGGUAUAAUGGAAUCAUUGGAAUUUAUAUUGGAGAAUAAAAAUCCAAUUGUACGAUCAUUUUAUAUUGCAAUCGGUCAUGAUGAAGAAGGUCGUGGAUUGGAUGGUGCACAACAGAUAGCCAAAUAUAUGGUUGAAAAUAAUAUGGACAACGUGGAAUAUAUUCUUGAUGAAGGUCCUUAUAUAUUUCGUAAUGCAAUACCCGGUGUUAGCCGUGAUGUAGCCAUGAUUGGUGUUGCCGAAAAAGGUUUGGUGAAUAUCAAACUGAGUACUGAUGGUGCCGUUGGACAUUCAUCAUUGCCGCCUAAACAAACAAGCAUUGUACGUAUGGCUAAAGCUGUAUCGAAAUUGAAUGCCGAUAGUCAUCCAAAUCUGUUUGGUUAUGGUCCAGAAAAAGAUAUGAUUGAAGCAUUGGCACCAUAUUGUUCAUUACCAUAUCGUAUAUUAUAUACAAAUCUAUGGCUAUUCUCACCAAUAGUGGCUAAAUUACUUGAAAAUGAUAAAUUAAUGAAUAGUUUUAUACGAACCACUACUGCCGUAACCAUAUUCACUAGUGGUAUAAAGGAUAAUGUAUUACCCGGAAAAGCUGAAGCAAUCGUAAAUCAUCGAAUUUAUCCAUUAAAUCGUGUUGAAGAUGUAUUACGACGUGAUAUUGAAAUUAUUGAUGAUGAUCAGAUUAAUGUUGAAGUAUUGGGCGUUGCCAUACAACCACAUCCAAUAUCAUCAUAUGGUCAUGAUUCAUUUGGUUAUCAAACGAUUCGUCAAAGCAUACAGCAAGUAUUUCCGGAUAUUGCAAUAAUACCUGGUAUGAUGUACGCUGCAACCGAUACACGUUGGUAUCUAAAUUUCACCAAUAAUAUAUAUCGUUUUUCACCCGGUUAUAUAACAAUGGAACAAUUUUCCAUUGUACAUGGUCACAAUGAACGUAUAUCAAAAGAUAACUACUUAAAAUUGGUCAAUUUUUAUCAUCAUAUUAUUAUGAAUUCAAACGAUGCUCAAGUGGACAUUGCAUUUUUUAAGGAUGAAUUUUGAACUUCAAAUGAAUGGCACAAGAAAAACACAACAAAGAAAAACCGGAAAAAAAAUCCAAAUAAUAUUGAUAUAUCUUGUCAUUUUAACAUUUUGU